AUGGUGGACAAGAAAUUGAUGGCGGCAAACUCCAACAAGAAGCAUCCAAGGGAACCGCCGGCAGUUCCAUUUCUAUGGGAAGAAAGGCCGGGAAUACCAAAAAAAGACUGGAAACCACCAGUGGUUUCUUCAAAUAGUUCAUUUCCGGCAACCCCCAUCGUCAAGCUUGUUGCCUCGGUUCCAUUCAAAUGGGAAGAAAAGCCAGGAACACCACUACCUUCUUUCUCAGAACCAACAUUGGGAUCAGCAUGUCCCUCCUCCCUACCACUGCAGCUUAUCACUUUUCCAUCACCUCCAAUUAGCUCCCACCAGUACGAUUAUGAUGGUGAGAACGAAGAUUAUGGUGAUGAUAUUAGUGGAAAUGGUGAUGGAGAAGAUGGAGCACCAAGUACGUUUAAUUUGGAGCUUGAAGCAUUCGAUUUCGAAACAGAUGAUUCAUUUAUCUCAGCUCCUGCUCUCCUAGCAAACUGUCUUGUUCCAUCAAUGGCAAUUUCCACUGCUGUUCCAGCAGACAAAAGCACACCAACAGAAGAUAAGAGUGCUUGGCCUGAGACACCUUCCUCACCGGCCUCAGAAGCAGGCAGCAGUACAAGCAGCAAUGCAACUGGAGUUUCAAGCCUUGUUGGGGCUUCGUUUUUGGAAUGCCUCUUUCCAUUGAUUCCUGCCAAUUCCGGAUUUCUUGAAAAAAUUGGCCAAUCAGGCAACAGCUCUCUUACUCCACCAGAACCAAAGAGUGCACAUUUUGAUCGUGAAAGUAACGGCAGUGCCAUUGUAUGGAGGCCAAAAACACUCGGAGAGCUGAUAAUGAUGAGUCGUAAGGGUAGUUACAGGUGGAAAGCUGUUCAAAUGAGAAAACACAAUCUAUCAAAGGAACUCGUGGAGAAUAGAGCUUUUGGAUGCUGCAUCUUUGGAACUGGCAUCAAGAUGAUAGAAGGAUUGUACAGCAAGAGGAAGAACUUGCCAACACUUAAACUGGUCUGA